GGCAAGUGCCAUGUGGAGGGCUGCAACGCGGAUCUCACGGGUCUGUCAUCCUAUUACCAACGGUAUCGCACGUGCGAGAUACACUUGAAGGCCCCCUCAAUCAUGAAGGAUGGUUUGCAGCAGCGCUUUUGUCAGCAAUGCGGCCGCUUUCACGAACUGUCGGAGUUCGACGGUAACAAACGCAGCUGUCGCUCAAGGCUGCAGAGUCACAACGUCCGGAGACGGAAGCGCACUGAGGAG